GCAGUAAUGACAGAGAAGGGAGUGCUUAUCAUGACUGAUUUAUUGUGAUACAGCAGGGAUUCAACCGGCAACCUGUUGGUCACAAGCAAAAUAAACCAACCCAAGCUGUUGCUCAACAUAAAAAGAUUAAAUGAAAGAAGGACAAAGACAUAAAUAUGCAAGUGAGGAAAAAACUGGCCCCUUCAAAAUCUGUAAUGUCACACAGACACUACAUCCAUCUUUUCUGUAGUCUGUGAUCCCAUGGAAAAGUGGGAAAGCAGCCGCACCACAUUCAUUCUGGCUCUUUCAACAUAACAUGACACAACAUCACAUCUGAAAACAUGCAAUGCCAAAGCUGGAAUAAUGUGGUUUAACCAGUUGGGGCCUUUGCAUGCAUCUCAUAUAACCGUGGCUUUAACGUCUGUUUGGGAUCCUGCAGGCAGAACUAAAAGUCGGCUUGUUUUGGGCUUCUUGUGCCAGUCGGGGUUGCUUACAUCUGGCAACCCUGCUCCAAACUUUCACUUUAAGAAGGCGCGUCUACGCUGCAGUGUAGUGUGUUUAUUACAGUCCUUAAAGUGACACAUGGAAACCAUAGCUGAUUUCUACAUGGCACAAAUGUAGACCUACAGAUUCUGCCUGCUCAGUGUCAGGAACUGCUUUAGAGAAACCGGAGUGUCUUUCCUGUAGCUUGGUCUCUGGCUAUUUUUAAUCUGUGGCGGCGGCACCUUCAGUGUAUGCGGCAGCGUGAGCUCCUCACCGAGGCGCACGGCCAGCCAAAGGGGAACGAUCGGCGGACUCAGACAGACGGCUGGUGGGCUCGGUGCUCGGGACUCGAGGCGAGGCAUGAAAUAGUCACCGGCAGAGUGGUCAAAGGUGAAGCACAUUGGGACGUGAGUGAAAUGGACGCACCGCCGGGGAGCUGCUGGGAGCGCACCUUGGCCAAACGGGAGUAACCGAGCCGUGAAACGGGUUGGGAUGGCAGCAUCCAGUAACUCCAGCCUCUCAGGUUCAUCUGUGUCCUCUGACCCUGAGGAUUACCAACCGCCCAUAUGGAAGUCCUACUUGUACCAGCUACAGCAGGAAGCCCCGAGACCAAAGAGGAUCACAUGUCCUCAGGAGAUGGAGAGCAGACCGAAAUACUACGGCAGAGAAUUUCAUGGCAUGAUCCCUCGAGAAUAUGCAGAUGAGCUGCUGGCGGGAGCAGAGGGUGCUUACCUCAUCAGGGAGAGCCAAAGACAGCCAGGGACACACACCUUGGCCUUAAGGUUUGGGCACCAGACCCUCAACUACAGAUUGUUCUAUGAUGGGAAGCACUUUGUCGGGGAGAAGAGGUUCGAGUCGGUCCACGACCUUGUGACUGACGCGCUCAUCACUCUCUACAUAGAGACUAAGGCAGCAGAGUACAUCGCCAAAAUGACCACUAACCCCAUCUAUGAGCAUCUUGGUUACACCUCGCUGCUCAAAGACAAGAUGGUGCACAGGCUGAGUCGUGGACGCACAGAACCACGCAGGGUCACCUUCCAGAAAGAUGAUAGGAUCUCCUCACCCCUGGUGCGACGGAGUGCCUUGAAAGACACACCAGAGAAGCAGUGCUCCUAUGAGAAGAUACACAAUUUCAAGGUACACACCUUUCGAGGGCCGCACUGGUGCGAGUACUGUGCCAACUUCAUGUGGGGCCUCAUUGCCCAAGGUGUCCGCUGCUCAGAUUGUGGGCUGAAUGUACACAAACAGUGCUCCAAACUGGUUCCCAGCGACUGCCAGCCGGACCUGCGCAGGAUAAAGAAAGUGUUUAGCUGUGACCUCACCACGCUUGUCAAAGCUCAUAACACAACAAGACCCAUGGUGGUGGACAUGUGCAUUCAGGAGAUAGAGCUGAGAGGUAUGAAAUCUGAAGGUCUGUACCGAGUGUCUGGCUUCUCAGAGCACAUAGAAGACGUGAGGCUCGCCUUUGACCGAGAUGGUGAAAAGGCUGACAUCAGUGCCAGUGCCUAUGCAGACAUCAACAUCAUUGCUGGUGCUUUGAAGCUCUACUUAAGAGACCUUCCCAUUCCAGUCAUUACGUUUGACUUGUACUCCAAAUUUAUUCAAGCUGCAAAAAUUCCAAAUGCUGAAUCCAGACUGGAGGCCAUCCAUGAGAGUUUGCUGCAGCUUCCCCCAGCCCACUACGAGACCCUACGUUACCUGAUGGCUCACCUCAAGAGGGUGACACUGUUCGAGAAGGACAAUUUAAUGAAUUCAGAGAACCUCGGGAUUGUCUUUGGUCCGACACUAAUGCAGCCACCGGAGCUGAAUGCCUUGACAACCCUGAAUGACAUGAGGCAGCAGAAACUAGUGGUGCAGCUUAUGAUAGAGCAUGAAGAUGUCUUAUUCUAAGGACUGAGGCAUGCAGGCCUUACAACGGAAACGAAGGACAAUUAUUUAUUCUGUCAAAGAGGAAAUUCAAGCCAACUUGAUUCUAAUGAAGUUUCAGAAUAGUUUGAAACGCUUCUUUCUUGCAUGACUGUUUUAGUUGAAGUUGGUUUAGUGUUGACAUUGUCUUGUUACUGUAAGUUUUGGGUUUUCAUAGUCAGCCAAGACCAUCAUUUUUAUGUUAGGAAAGGAUCCAGUAUUUUAACUGCCUACAGUGCUGUUCCCUUCUCUCUUUAAUUUGAAGACUGUCACUACCUGGUGUAGGCUCAGUCAUGAUGACAGCACUGUGUGAAACCUGCCACAGGCAGAUCGUCAAUCAGUGAAAGCCUGGUGCUGUGUUAACCAAGCCUCACGGCAGCAACCUAGUUUACUUUCCCACAUGACGUGUGCAUAUUGUGAUUUUAGUGGGAACACUGGUUAAAAUUUAAUUGUAGAUAAAAAUCUGAUCAUGUAAUGAUCAAUAUUUUAACUGUGUGUACUUAAAUAUGAGAGAUGAGACAAUUGGACGCUCAUGAAGCACUUUUUUGCAAAGUGUAAAGAUUUAUUUUGUAAAGAUGUUUAUUUUUGUCUUUUACUCUGCAUCAUGUUCUUUUGUCACAAUAAUCUAUACUGUUGAGAAUGAUGUUUGUUGAAUUGAUGUCUAAAUACAAAACUGUUCACAAGAGAAAAGAAGAAUCAAAAGAGUGACAGUUUGUGGAUUUACCAUUUUCAUUUGUAGUGUAGUCAGUGUUAUGGUGAGGAUUACAUGUGGAUAAAUUUUGGUCAUUUGAAUUCAUAUGCCAUAUUGCAGACUGUGCACCACAUGAGCAAAGCUUCUUUGCACACAUGUCCGUUGCCAGUUUUGUAGUAUUUCUGUUUACAUGCUGUAAUUUGGGAUAUUUCCAUGUGAAAAAUAUUACCUGGGCCCUUUUUUUUCUCUUUUUGUAUUCCAGUAACAUUGCUCGGUGCAGCAGUAGUUGCCAUUCACUUCACAAUGCCAUAAAAGUUAAUAGUCAUACUAUAGCUGUACCCAGCGUGUUACUUUCACAGUUUGUUUGAUUCGAUUAAGUAAAUCCUUUCUACAAAUCCAUUUUAUUAAAAAUGUAUUUUUGUGACGGUUGCAAUUAAAAAUGUAAUUUAUCAAAUGAUGACUUAUUAAAGGUUUAAAAUAGU